GGACUGCUGAAAAAGUGGAGGAAGCGACACCAAACGAAGAAACCAUUUUAGCGACAUGAAGCAGCUGACGGAGUUUGAGAGGGGUCUGAUAGUCGGAGCCCGAAUGGCCGGGGCUUCGGUCACCAGAACCGCCGAACUGCUGAACGUGUCGAGGGGAACCGUGUCCAAAGUGCUCACAGCGUUCGCCAAAUACGGCCAGACCGCGUCGGCGAAGAGGAACUGCGGCCGCAAGGCGAAGCUGUCGGACUCGGAGAGACGGGCGCUCAUAAGGAUAGUCGCCGAAAAGCACCGAAACCAAACCACCAAGAAAACGACCACCUUCGACAUCACCACAGAACUGAACCAGAACCGCUGCGACCCGGUCUCGACCCGGACGGUCCGCCGAGAGCUCGGUAAAGUGCUGGAGGUGCUGAAACACGGCAUGUGUGGAGACAUCGGCAACAUCCCCAUCCACAAGGCCCAGGCUCUGGAGAAGCAGGGGGAGGAGGAAGAGGAGGAGGAGGAAGAUGAUGAGGAGGACAUGAACAUCCAGAAGGCCUGCGACGAUGAGGUUUCCAACCAGGAAGAGAAUGAGUUACAAGAAGAGAGAAAGUUCAAAGUCAUGACGGACGAAAGGUUCCACUGAAAGGACCAGGGAGGAAGAAAUGGGAUGAGGAGGACGUCCGGUACGAGCAGGAAACUGCCCCCAAGAAUGAGGCUUCUUGGGGCCUAAGCCAGAAAGACCACAACCCUCUGUAACCUCCAGCCUUUCAUAGACAGUUUUUGCUUCUUGGUCCAUCAGCUUCAUGUUCUGACAGACGUGUUUGUACAUCGUCCCGGACAUCUCUACUCUGGGAUGCGUGUGGUUGAGAAUGAGCAGCUUUUUAUGUAUCUGUGCUGCUGACCAGCAUAGGAGAAUCCUUUCUGUCUAGGGGGUCCAGCUUUAUCCACAAAGGGUCGAAGUGGCUGCAGGUUUUUAGUGAAGGCAGGAGCUCACCUGAUGACCACUAAUCAAUUGACUUCUUACUCGCCAGGAUAUAUUUUGGUUUGUCUAUCUGAAUUUUUUUUGUGGCCAAAUCGUAAGGCAAAUUAUUCAGUAACUGCAUGAAAUAAAUGUACAUUUCUAUUUUAUUUUGUGUAAAAGUUCCCCUCAAAUUAA